AAAUAUCAGUUUUCGACAGAAAAAUGUCCCGUGCACCCGCAAUUGGAAUAGAUCUGGGCACCACGUACUCCUGCGUGGGCGUCUGGCAGCAGGGUAAGGUGGAGAUCAUCGCCAACGAUCAGGGAAACAGGACCACGCCCAGCUACGUGGCCUUCACCGACUCCGAGAGGCUCAUCGGCGAUGCUGCGAAGAUGCAAGUGGCCAUGAAUCCCAGCAACACCGUGUUCGACGCCAAGAGGUUGAUAGGGAGGAAAUUCGACGACCCAAAGGUCCAGCAGGAUAUGAAACACUGGCCCUUCAAGGUGGUCAAUUCCAACGGAAAACCCAAGCUCCAGGUCCAAUUCAAGGGCGAGACUAAAACUUUCACCCCCGAAGAGAUAAGUUCGAUGGUGUUGACCAAAAUGAAGCAGACUUCCGAAGCUUUUCUGGGCAGAUCAGUCAAGGAUGCUGUGAUUACGGUACCUGCCUACUUCAACGACUCCCAGCGUCAAGCCACAAAGGAUGCUGGGACGAUAGCAGGUAUCAACGUCCUGAGGAUCAUAAACGAACCAACCGCCGCCGCCCUGGCCUACGGCCUGGACAAGAACCUCACCGGGGAACGCAAAGUCCUGAUCUUCGACCUCGGCGGUGGUACGUUCGACGUGUCCAUCCUGACCAUAGACGAAGGUUCCCUUUUCGAGGUCAAGGCCACGGCAGGCGACACCCAUCUGGGAGGAGAAGACUUCGACAAUAGACUCGUGAACUAUUUCGCCGACGAGUUCAAGAGGAAGUACAACAAGGACCUGAGGUCCAACCCUAGGGCCUUGAGGAGGCUCAGAACUGCAGCCGAAAGGGCCAAGAGAACUCUGAGUUCCAGCACAGAGGCCAGUCUGGAGAUCGACGCUCUUUACGAAGGAAUCGACUUCUACACCAAGAUCUCCAGAGCGAGGUUCGAAGAACUGAACGCCGACCUAUUCAGGAGCACCUUGCAACCGGUGGAGAAGGCCCUCAACGACGCCAAGAUGGACAAGGGUUCUAUAAACGACGUGGUGCUGGUGGGCGGUUCCAUCAGGAUACCCAAGAUACAGAGCCUGCUCCAGAACUACUUCAACGGGAAGACGCUGAACCUGAGCAUCAAUCCUGACGAGGCUGUAGCCUACGGAGCGGCCAUCCAAGCCGCCAUACUCAGCGGAGACACGAGCCCCAAGAUACAGGACGUGCUUUUGGUGGACGUCACACCUCUAUCACUCGGGAUCGAAACGGCUGGAGGUGUCAUGUCCAAGAUAAUAGAGAGGAACGCGAGGAUACCCUGCAAGCAGUCCCAGACCUUCACCACGUACUCGGACAACCAGCCUGCUGUUACAAUCCAGAUUUACGAAGGGGAACGAGCCAUGACCAAGGACAACAAUCUGUUGGGAAAUUUCGACCUGACGGGGAUACCUCCAGCACCGAGGGGCGUGCCUAAGAUCGACGUCACCUUCGACAUAGACGCCAACGGCAUCCUGAACGUCUCCGCUCUGGAGAACAGCACUGGACGAUCCAAAAACAUCACCAUUAAGAACGACAAGGGUCGGCUAUCUCAGAAAGAGAUCGAGAGGAUGCUUGGCGAAGCGGAAAAAUACAAGGAGGAGGACGAUCGGCAAAGGGAGAGGAUCGUGUGCAAGAACAAACUGGAAACCUACGUCUUCGGGUUGAAACAGACAGCGGAGGAAAACGGCGAGAAGAUGAGCGACUCCGACAAGAAGAAAGUGAUGAGGGAAUGCGAGGACUGCAUCAAGUGGCUGGACAAGAAUCAGCUGGCCGAGAAAGACGAGUUCGAGCACAAGCUGAAGGAGCUGACCAAGAUAUGCAGCCCCAUAAUGACGAAGCUGCACAAGGGUUCUUCGGGACACGGCGCCGGCGAGAGGAACAAGGGUGGGAACGGUCCCACCAUCGAGGAAGUCGAUUAAAAUUCCGUUUACUAAGAUUCUGAGCGUUUUUCCUUCAAUAUUUUAUUGUUACGCACUUGGCCUUUCGCAGAAAGUAGGAGCUGUCUUGUAGGUCCGAUGUUUGUCAACUUCGCAUUGAAACUCUGUAGUCGAAUAUAUUUCCUCUUGAUGAACUUA